AUGGACAAAGGUGAUAUUCAACGAAGUGUAGAAAGUUUGCGACACCAGUUAAAUAUUCAAAGAAUACCAGUAUCACAGUCUGCCAACGAAAUGAAGCGAUACAUCGAAGGACAGCAAGAGAACGACCCAUUAGUAAAUCCAGUCGACAAACGAUAUAACCCAUGGGCAGAGAAGUCAAAAUGUCAAAUUUUGUAG